GUCAAAAACCUGUCAAAAGUAUGUAACUAACAAAAAUCCACAGUAUGUUAUUUCUGGGCUGGGUAAUUACAAGUUUAUUCAUUUUUUCGUCUCAUCCGCAAAGGUACAACUCCCACGAAUACAUUUUCGAGCUAACAGACCAAAAUUUCAACGAAAAAAUUAAAAGUUUUCAACAAACAUUGGUAAUCUUCUACAAAAACCAUGAAGAUCUGUUAAAAUUUUUAAAAGCUGAACCAGAAAAUCACUAUGGGAUAGAAAAUGAGGAUCCUGUAUAUUUAGUUUACCUGGAUUGUAAUGAUUUUGGAAAAAAUGUAUGUGCGAAAUAUGGGGUUACCGAAAAUGUGGAAGUCAAAAUAUUUGAAGAAGGAAUACAUAAAAUUGAUUACACAGGUCCGCUAUCUAAAAAUUUGGCUGUAAAAUACCUAAGAAACCUCAACAAACCAAACUACGUAGAACUAAAAAACCAAAAGGAUAUAGAAAAUUUUAUGUUAAACCAAGAAAACAUGUUUAUACUUGGAUAUUUCACUUCCAAUACAAACCUCCGAAAUGCUUUCCUGGAUGUCGCAAACGAUCUAAAACAUAUCUACAACUUUGCCUUAAUAACAAAAUUUGAUUACUCCAACAGGGAUAAAAUAGUUCUGCAGAAACCAUUGCAUCUGCAGAACAAAUUUGAACCUGCUAGUGUAACGUAUCAAGGCAAGUCAAAUAAAAAAGACAUAACCAAUUUUAUCGAGAAAAACAAACAUGGUUUGGUUGUUCUGAGUAAUGAUUAUUCCACAAUAAUAUAUCCCCUAGCAAUUGUAUAUUUUGACGUCGACUUGAAAAAUCCACAAAUACUGAACUACUGCAGGAAUAGAGUCCUGCAAGUCGCCUAUAAGUUUAUAAACAAAACCAAUUUCGCCAUAAGCCCAAGAAUAGAUUUCAAAAAGAACGUGACGUAUCCUCACGUAAUUCUCAAAGUUUCUGAGAGUAAAAUUUUCGAGAUGGUGGAGAAAUUUACUUCGGAAAAUUUGGAACAAUUCCUUAACAACAUUUUGAGUAAUGCAUUGGUAAAAAGUGAGGAAGUUCCCAAAGAUAAUGGUGACAUUUUGGUUACAACAGUGGCUAAAAAUUUUAUAGAGGUAGUACUUAAAUCACCAAAAAAUGUAUUCUUGAUACUUUACAACUCCAAGCAAAACAUAGACAGCGAUUUAUUUACAUCAUGCGAAGAUGCGGCAACGAUUUUUCAAGAUGAAUUGAUAGUGACAAAAAUGGACGUUUCGAAAAACCAAAUUUUGGGACCUUUUGAAUUUUACACCAACCCAACUAUGUUUUGGAUUUCGAAAAAUAAAAAUUCCAAGCCGGAGUUGUAUAACCCUGAAAUGUUUUCGAGUGGUAGAUUUAUAAAAUUUGUUGAGAACAAAAUAUUAAGUAAAUAUAAUAAAGAUGAAGUAUAG